CCGAGCUGCCCAGGCCAUCUCGUAGCCUUUCCCUCACGCGCAACGCGCCUUUUGCCAGAAUUUACGGUUUUGCCCCCUCGCCGGCGCCGCCGCGCCCGCAUCCGGCGAAGGAGCAGCGAGUAGGUGGCGGAGGAGCCUGCCCCCCAUGGCGGCCGUAUCGUCGCUUCCCUUCGCGGCACUGCGCCGCGCCGCCGACUGCAGGCCGUCGACGGCGGCGGUGGCCGUCUCCGGCGCCGUCGUGCUCAGCGUGAGGGCCCGGCGGGGCUCGCGCUCGGUGGUGCGCUGCGUCGCCACGGCGGGUGAUAUACCACCCACUGUAGCGGAAACAAAGAUGAAUUUUCUCAAGUCAUACAAGCGCCCUAUCCCAAGCAUUUACAGUACAGUUCUACAAGAACUUUUGGUACAGCAACAUCUGAUGAGAUACAAAAGAACAUAUCAGUAUGAUCCUGUGUUUGCUCUUGGCUUUGUGACCGUCUAUGACCAGCUCAUGGAAGGGUAUCCUAGCAAUGAGGACAGGGACUCCAUCUUCAAAUCAUAUAUAACAGCGUUAAAUGAAGAUCCUGAGCAAUACAGAGCUGAUGCACAAAAGAUGGAAGAGUGGGCUCGUUCCCAGAAUGGUAAUUCCUUAGUUGAGUUUUCUUCCAGAGAUGGAGAAAUAGAGGCCAUUCUGAAAGAUAUUUCAGAAAGGGCCCAGGGUAAGGGAAACUUCAGCUACAGCCGGUUCUUUGCCGUUGGCUUGUUCCGUUUGCUUGAGCUCGCAAAUGCAACAGAGCCAACCGUGCUAGAUAAGCUUUGCUUUUCUCUAAAUAUCAAUAAAAGAAGUGUCGACAGGGACCUCGAUGUUUACCGGAACAUUCUCUCCAAAUUAGUCCAGGCUAAGGAACUUCUCAAGGAAUAUGUGGAAAGGGAAAAGAAGAAAAGAGAGGAAAGAUCAGAGACCCCAAAGUCGAAUGAAGCUGUUACGAAAUUUGACGGGAACCUCUAUUCCAUGAGGCAUUAACUCAAACCUUCAUCAGGAGAGUGGGUGCUACAGUGGAUAACAGAUUUUAACACUUAUAUCUGGAUCACGCUGAGAAACUAUCAAGGUCACCUUUCACUGCACGGACAUCUUUGGCCGCUCUUCGUGUGGUUUAAUAUUCUGCCGUACAAAAGGAUCCAGAUUGCUCUUACUAUUGAGCGUGAUAUUUUUGUAUUCCUCCUUUUCUGUGUUGAAAUGUAUCGUUUUUCUUCACGUAUUUCACAAUAUAUGGAGAGGUAUUUGGGGUUCAUUGUUACACACAAGUCACAAGAUGAAAAUAUCAAGAGUUUUUUACUCACAGUAUGAAAAGUAUAGCUCAUUCGUAUGGGCUUCUUGUUCA